CAAGCUUUUGAUGAGUAAGAAGAGAGAUUAUUAUCCAAACAGAGAACAGCAGGAACACGCUAUCCCUCCCUCCCCAAAGAUUAUUCCAGACAAUGUUGAACCACCGCCAUAUCAAAGAAAAUUAGGAAACGAAGUUAAGCGAAGAGAUAGGGGGAGAUAUUUAUUUAAAUAGUGACAUUAAGAAAAAAAUAAUGAGAAAAACCGAGGGUCGUGUUUGGUUGUCUGAACUGCCGACAAUGAACGACGACUAAAAUGAUCGGGAAUUGGGAAAUGAUUUAGGACUUGUAAAAUUAGGGUGUUCUUUAUUUUUGGGGGGGUUAAUUUCGGUGGAAAUUUGAAAAAUUUCGUGGUAGAAGUAAACCUGGGGAGUGAAGAAGGCUCCAGAUUAGGGCCGUGUUUGUCUUGCGCCGAUUGGCUGCUUCGUUACUGCCAUUUAGUUUUCCGUCAUAAAAUGGAAUCGCCUAGCGAUUAUUCGCCUCUUAAGCCCCGUGAUCGAGUCUUACGGAGGCUAGCUGUUUUAGGGAUUCCAGUGGAGUACCUCGAGAGGCGUUAUGAGGGAAUAGUUGACUUUGUUAUGGCUAAUGGAUUGUUGUUACCAAAUGUAGUUUCCGCAAUCUUACCUACUGAUGAGGAAGUGGCGGAGUCUAUACAAGAUGCUAGGUUAAGGUCUAAGAAAUGGAUGUGUUUAACUAUGAAAAACCGGUUUCGUGAGAGUAUGGUUUGGUUACAGUGGUUGAUGUUUGAGGGUGACCCGGUGGAUGCUUUGAAAAGCCUAGCAAAAUUGAGUAUCGGUCAACGUGGUGUUUGUGGUGCGGUUUGGGGAUUAAAUGACAUUGCAUACAGGUGCCGGACGUGUGAGCAUGAUCCGACUUGUGCUAUUUGUGUUCCUUGUUUCCAGAAUGGGAAUCAUAAGGAUCAUGAUUAUUCUAUUAUUUAUACGGGCGGUGGUUGCUGUGAUUGUGGGGAUGAAACUGCCUGGAAACGUGAGGGUUUUUGCUCAAAGCAUAAAGGUGCUGAACAGAUUCAACCACUUCCUGAGAACUUAGUGAAUUCUGUGGGGCCAGUGCUUGAUGCACUCUUUAUUUGUUGGAAAAACAAACUAUUCUCAGCAGAAAGUAUCUUUCUGGAAAAUAUUAGAGCAAAUGAUCGUGGUGCUGAGCAGAGGAAGGUUGCAAAUGAGCUAACAUAUGUGGUUGUUGAGAUGCUUUUAGAAUUUUGCAAGUACAGCGAGAGUUUGCUCAGUUUUGUGUCUAGGAGGGUGAUUUCUUUAGAUGGUUUAUUGGGUAUUCUGGUCAGAGCAGAGAGGUUCUCAAGUGAUGGUGUUGUUAAGAAACUCCAUGAACUGCUGCUGAAAUUGCUGGGGGAGCCUGUCUUCAAAUUUGAGUUCUCUAAAGAAUUUUUGAAGUAUUACCCUACUGUUAUAAAUGAAGUCAUAAAAGAGGGCAAUGACAACGCUCUUAAUACAAAGUUCCCCCUACUCUCAACUUUCUCUGUCCAAAUUUUCACAGUGCCUACUUUGACUCCACGUCUUGUGAAGGAGAUGAACCUACUUGGCAUGCUACUGGGAUGCUUGGAAGAAAUUUUUGUUUCUUGUGCCCGGGAAGAUGGCCGCUUGCAGGCUGCUAAGUGGGGAAAUUUGCAUGACACCACUAAACGUGUAGUUGGAGAUAUUUGGUUUGUUAUGAGCCACAACAUAGUCUCCAAAUAUGCAACCCAUGAGCAGCAGGACGUCUCAAGAACUUGGCUAAAGCUUUUGGCUUUUGUGCAAGGGAUGAACCCUAUAAAGAGGGAAACUGGCCUCCAUAUAGAAGAAGAAAAUGAGUCUAUGCAUUUGCUUUUUGUUUUAGGCCAUUCUAUUGCUAAUAUUCACUCCCUUCUGGUGGAUGGAGCUGUUGCCACAAGUGAGCUGCCAAAUGUUCUUUCUUAUACUUAUAAGCAAGAUAGGGAUGAUGGAGAUAGCAUGAGGCAUGCAAAAGUAGGAAGGCUAUCCCAAGAGAGUUCUGUUUGUAGUGUAACAGGAAGGACUGCAUCAAAGGUUACUGAAGUUGGAUCUGGUUCUGUAUCUCAUCUUUUAGUUCCCUCCUCCGUCAUCUGGUUAAUACGUGAGUGCUUAAGGUCUAUGGAGACUUGGUUGGAAGUUGAUGACGGAAUUUCUGCAGCUCUUCAGAGUUUAACUUCUCCAAAUAGUAGUGGCAAUUCUGAUAGCAAUUUUUUAGCAAUAAAAAAGACAUUAUACAAGAUUAGGAAAGGCAAAUAUUUUGGUAAACCGACUAGUUCAAGUGAAAAUCAUAGCUCACAAUCUUUUUCAUCUUUAUGUAGUGGACAUCAAGCAAGUGAUGACAUGGAGAUUGUUAAAAAUUUAGGCUCAGAUUGUAAUCCAACCUAUCCGGCUGAAAUCAGUUCAGUCACAUGUGGUUCUUUGUGUUUGGAUGUCAAUGCCAUGGAGACAGACAUUGGCACUGGACUAUCUACUCUUCGUGUGUCCGAAUGGCCAGAUAUUAUUUAUGAUGUUAGUUCGCAAGAGAUAUCUGUUCACAUUCCAUUACAUCGAUUGCUUUCCUUGCUUCUGCAGAAGGCAUUAAGAAUGUGUCAUGGUGAAUCUGUGAUGCCAAAUGUAAGAAAUCCUUGUUCUACAAGUUCUAUAUCAGCAAUUUAUGCUGAUUUCUUUGGCCACAUCCUUGAGAGCUUCCAUCCUUUUGGGUUUUCUGCCUCUGUUAUGGAGCAUCCCUUACGGAUUAGGGUAUUUUGUGCUCAAGUUAUUACUGGGAUGUGGCGGAAGAAUGGGGAUGCUGCACUAGUAUCUUGUGAGUGGUACCGCUCAGUUCGCUGGUCUGAGCAAGGUUUGGAGCUUGAUUUAUUUUUGCUGCAGUGCUGUGCUGCAUUGGCUCCUCCUGAUCUCUAUGUUAAAAGAAUUGUAGAGCGCUUUGGGCUAUUAAACUACCUUUCUCUAAGCCUUGAAAGAUCAAAUGAGUACGAGCCAGUUCUUGUUCAGGAAAUGCUCACUCUUAUCAUGCAAAUUUUACAAGAAAGGCGAUUUUGUGGACGCAAUACAGCUGACAGUCUGAAAAGAGAGUUGAUUUAUAAGUUAGCUAUUGGAGAUGCCACUCACAGCCAACUAGUGAAAUCUCUACCUCGCGAUCUGUCUAAGUUUGACCAGCUUCAAGAAAUUUUAGACAGGGUUGCUGUGUACUGUAAUCCAUCUGGCUUUAAUCAGGGGAUGUAUUCAUUGCGUUGGGCCUAUUGGAAGGAGCUGGAUUUGUACCACCCUCGUUGGAACUCAAGGGAUUUGCAAGUUGCAGAAGAAAGAUACUUGCGUUUCUGUGGUGUUUCUGCAAUGACUACUCAGCUGCCUAGGUGGACAAAAAUAUAUCCUCCUCUUGAGGGAGUCUCUAGAAUUGCUACAUGCAGAGUGACAUUUCAGAUUAUCCGUGCAGUGUUAUUUUAUGCAGUUUUCACUGAUAAAUUCACUGAACCACGUGCUCCUGAUGGUAUUCUUAUUACAGCAUUGCACUUACUUUCAUUAACAUUAGACAUCUGUUUACAGCAGAAUGGAUCUAGUAGUGCGGAAUGCCAUAUUGGAGAUUUAAAUUGUAUGCUAGCUUUUGCUGGUGAAGAAAUUAGUGAAUCAUUAAAUUUUGGUGCUGGCAAACAAAGCUUGCUGUCACUUCUUGUUGCAUUAAUGAGAAUGCAUAGGCAAGAGAAUCAAAGCAACUAUUUAGAAUCUAGCAACUGCGGUUAUUCUCCCCUGCUUGAAAGUAUAUUGAAGAAGUUCGCUGAAGUUGACUCCCAGUGCUUGACCAAACUGCAACAACUUGCGCCUGAAGUGAUCUGCCAUAUAUCACAAUCUACUCCUUAUAGCAAUACGAAUAGAUCAGUUUCAGCCUCUGAUAGUGAGAUGCGCAAGGCCAAAGCUCGUGAAAGACAAGCUGCCAUAUUGGCUAAAAUGAAAGCAGAGCAGUCCAAGUUUUUGACAAGCAUCAAUUCCACUGCUGACGAUGAUCUAAAAUCUGAAGCAGAAAUGUCUAAUUCUGACACUGAGCAUGAAACAGAAGGUGCUGUGCAAGAGUGUUGCUCUCUUUGCCAUGAUUCUACUUCCAAAAAUCCUGUUUCUUUCUUGAUUCUUCUCCAAAAAUCUAGGCUUUUGAGCUUUGUGGAUAGAGGUCCCCCGUCAUGGGAUCUAUGGUCAGACAAGGAGCAAGGCUAUAGUCUUACAAAUAGGUCUGAUCAGCCUAGGUCAAAUGCCUCUUCCAGUAGUUCAGGAUUGGCUUCUCAGUUGGUGCAGUUGACUGAUAAUGCAGUUGUUGGGUCUACCAGUAAUGGGCAAGGGCAGCGCAGGGAAGUAAAUGUGAUUCUUGACUUUGUAAAGUCUCGGUUUCCUUUGGUGAGGGGCAUUCAAGCACCUUCCACAUCUAGUGAUGUGAAGGUUUUGGAGACAUUGGAAGAAGAUAUGUAUAUUCAUAUUCGUAAAGAAAUGUGUGAUACUUUAUUAAGCUCAAGCAUUAAAGAGGAUGAAGUAUCCUCUGCUGCUGAAUGUUCUCCAGAAAGCAGCAGGGAUGCUGAAUCUGUCUUUCUUCGGAAAUACAUUGCUGCUAUUUCAAAGGAGACAAGUGAAAACUCUUUGGGUUUUGAAAACACUAAUGGUGAUAGAGAGAUGACAGAAUCUACUUCACAGCCUCUUGUUUAUGGUGGAUUUGGUCCAUUAGAUUGUGAUGGAAUUUAUCUUUCUUCCUGUGGGCAUGCUGUACAUCAGGGUUGUCUUGAUCGCUAUUUAUCAUCACUGAAGGAAAGAUAUGUUCGAAGAAGUUUCUUUGAGGGGGCACAUAUUGUGGAUCCAGAUCAGGGAGAGUUUCUGUGUCCUGUGUGUCGUCGACUAGCAAAUUCUGUCCUGCCUGCAGUGCAUGGGAAUUUGCAGAAGGCUGGAAGGCAGUCUAUGACUUCAAGUGUUGAUCCACUACCUGCUUUAGGUCCUUCAUCUGCAUCAAAGGAAGAAAGCUAUUCCCUUCUGCUUCAGCAAGGGUUAUCUCUUCUAAAAACUGCUGCCAAGGUGGUUGGUAGACCGGAUAUUUUUGAAGCUCUUUCUCUUCAAAGAAAAGAAAGCACAAGUCGGAAUCUUGAACCUAUAUCUCGUGUGCUGUCCAAAAUGUAUUUUUCAAAAAAGCAGGAUAGGCUCUUAGGAUCUCCAAGGUUGAGCCACCCAGUAAUUUUAUGGGAUACUCUUAAGUAUUCUCUUAUGUCAACAGAAAUUGCUGCUCGCAGUGGAAGGACUUCGAUGACCACCAAUUAUACCCUUACUUCUUUGUAUAAGGAAUUUAAAUCUUCUAGUGAAUUUAUAUUUUCCUUAUUGCUAAGAGUUGUCCAGAACCUGAGCAGUACAAAUUCCCUUCACGCUCUUCAAAGAUUUAGAGGUCUUCAGCUGUUUGCAGAGUCAAUUUGCUCUAGGGUUUCCCCUGAUUAUGACAGCAGCAGACAUAAACAGGAAGGCAAUCUUGGUAUCUUGAAACAUGAUGAUAAGGAAGCAAUAUAUCCUGAUAUUCAAUUUUGGAAUCGGGCAUCUGAUCCUGUUCUUGCCCGUGACCCUUUCUCAUCAUUGAUGUGGGUUCUCUUCUGUCUUCCAUGCCCAUUUAUAUCAUGUGACGAGUCCCUGUUAUCCCUUGUCCAUAUCUUUUAUGUUGUCUCCAUGGUUCAGGCUGUAAUUAUAUGUUGUGGGAGACAUGGUUAUAACAUCAAUGAGUUAGAUUCCCAUGAUUGCCUAAUUACUGAUAUCUGUGGCAUUCUUGGAGGUUCUGACUCUGCUCGCUGGUAUUUUGUAUCAAAAGAUGUUGACCAUUCUUGUGAUAUUAAAGAUAUGAUUCGAAGAUUAAGUUUUCCUUACUUGCGGAGGUGUGCAUUGUUAUGGAAAUUGAUGAAGUCUUCUGCCCAAGCACCAUUCUGUGAUGGGGAUAAUGUGUGGGAAUCAUCUCAAGUGACCACUGAUGUGAUGGAUACAACUGAAAGUGCUUCAGUGGAGCUCAAUGAAGUACAAGAACUAGAGAAGAUGUUUAAGAUUCCCCCUAUAGAUGUUGUUCUCAAGGAUGAAGUCUCACGAUCAAUAGCAUUAAAGUGGUUUCAUCAUUUCCACAAGGUGUAUGAAGCCUGUAGUUUCCAAAAUGUUUUCUACUGCAAUCCUGCAGUUCCGUUUAAGUUGAUGAGUCUGCCUCAUGUUUAUCAAGACCUAUUGCAAAGGUACAUAAAGCAGUGUUGCCCUGAUUGCAAAGCUGUGCUUGAGCAGCCUGCAUUAUGCCUGUUGUGUGGCAGACUAUGCUCUCCUAGUUGGAAACCAUGCUGCAGGGAUAGUGGAUGCAUGGCUCAUGCAAUGGUCUGUGGUGCUGGUAUUGGCGUUUUUCUGUUGAUAAGGACAACAACAAUCCUGCUGCAAAGAUGUGCACGUCAAGCUCCUUGGCCAUCUCCAUAUUUGGAUGCAUUUGGUGAAGAGGAUAGCGAAAUGCAUAGAGGAAAGCCACUGUACUUGAAUGAGGAACGUUAUGCUGCUCUAACUUACAUGGUUGCUUCUCAUGGCCUUGAUCGGAGUUCGAAGGUUCUCAGCCAAACUACCAUUGGUACCUUCUUCAUGGUUUAGUCUGGCUUCAUGAUCAGCUCGUGGAUAGAAAGUGGUUCUGCAGAACUGAAGGUUGCCAGUAUCCAUAAUAUUUUGUGCAAACUAAGUUAGAGACCUUGGAAUUUGAUGUUGGCAUGUGGACCAUAAUGGCUGGACAUAUUGCUAAUCAGAGGUGGUGUCAGAAGGAAAUGAUGCACAAGUAUUCUUCAAAUUGCUAGAAGCCAUUAAGUGUUGAUUUUAUGUCUCAAUUCUUUCUUUCGCUUUUUCAUAGGUGAUAAGAUUCUCCUUCAAGGUCUGAUCUGGCAGAUUUUGCUACCCUUCUCUUGCAUUCCAUGGAUGUACAGUUUGAUUGAAGAACCUGCAGCAAUUAGAGUUUCAAGCCUUGACCCAUGUGUCAUCAGUUGAACACCUUCUGGCCUAAAUCCACAGUGUUGAUAGGAGACAAUGGUUUAAACUAGAGAACUUAGUGGAACAACAGUUUGCUUUUCCUAUAAUUAUUUAUGCUUUUAUCAUUAUUUUCUCUCCAUGUUCGCUGGGGUCGGGGAUGAGGUUCCAUUUUCAUUUCCACAGAGUGGAGCUGUUGCUCUCUAAUGUAAAGAACAGUCAUCUUUUUCCAUUUUACAAUCAUGUAGCAUGUUGUAUAUAGUUGAACAGUUUCGUGAUACAGCAGCAGCUCUUCCGUUAAUGUUUGUCGGUCGAUGGUUUAGCCCGGGAUGUUGUUUCCGGUCGAAGCCGAUGGUUCAUAGCCUGGGAUAGACUCCUGUCGCUGCUAUAAGUAUAUAAACUCUUGGUGGCAUAUAUGGUUUGUUUUUACAUGGUUAGGGAAUUGGGUUUGGUUAUCCCAGUGUUUGAUGCGUUUGUUUGCCUCACUUUAAUGAAAUGGCUUUCCCAAGGCCUUGUUCCA